UUUGCCUGGUUCCCAAGCUCUUCAUUUGCUGCAAAUUUAAUUUUCCAUCAAAUUUUUGAAAACGGCCUUGCCAUUUUCCUCGGUUGAGCUUCAUCUUUCCCAACGGACCAACAGGGUUAUCAAACCUGUCAAUAACAUGGGUUGUUUGGGAUCGAAGGAAGACAAGGAUUCUAAAGAAGAACCAAACGAAAAACCAACUUUCAGCUGGGAGAAAAGACAACGCUUAGACCCUAAAGACUACACCAUUGGUGAUCUGACGGGCGAAACGGUAGCGAAAAUGCCCGGAGAAAUCAACGGACAACAGUUUAUCAUUCAAAACAAUAAGAACUGCAAUAUUUUCAUUAUGGAUCAUACAGAUACUGUAACAAUUGAUGACUGUAUUAACUGCCAGCUGUUCAUUGGACCAUGUGCUGGGAGUGUAUUUUUUAGAGACUGUCAAGAUUGUAAAGUUGUGGUAGCAUGUCAACAAUUUAGAACUCGAGACUGCAAGAAAAUGGACUUCUUUCUAUGCUGUGCUACUCAACCAAUCAUUGAGUCAUCAAGUGCGAUGAAGUUUGCCUGUUUUCAAUUCUUCUAUCCUGAGCUAGAAGGUCAGUUUGAGGCAGCAAAACUAAGUGUUUUUAACAACAACUGGGGUAACAUUCAUGACUACACACCAGCUGCAGGAGAACGAACCUGGAGUUUAUUACCUGAGGUAACUAUAUAUCAGAAAUUUUUUCUAUUAAUUUUGUUGCUUUGUUUUAUCAUUAUUCACAGUGUAUUUUUUAGAGACUGUCAAGAUUGUAAAGUUGUGGUAGCAUGUCAACAAUUUAGAACUCGAGACUGCAAGAAAAUGGACUUCUUUCUAUGCUGUGCUACUCAACCAAUCAUUGAGUCAUCAAGUGCGAUGAAGUUUGCCUGUUUUCAAUUCUUCUAUCCUGAGCUAGAAGGUCAGUUUGAGGCAGCAAAACUAAGUGUUUUUAACAACAACUGGGGUAACAUUCAUGACUACACACCAGCUGCAGGAGAACGAACCUGGAGUUUAUUACCUGAGGCUGCAUCUACACAUGUUCAUGAGUAUGUAGAUGUACCAGACCAACUGUCUGACAGAAAUAUUUCAACAAGUGAAACCAUGAGCGUUAUUCCACUUACACUUGGAACAAGAAGAAAACCGUUUGAUGAGUCUUGUCUGGUGGUAUUUUUCCAUGAUAAUAACACUAAAGCAAACAUCAGGGGAUUGCUAGUUGAACAAGAGCAUAAGAGAUCGCAAGUAUUAGUCCAAACCAAAGAAGUAACGAUGAAACCCGAAGAUGUAGCGAGAAUAUUUGGAUCUGAGGACUACAAAAUUGCUGCAGACAAAGGUUUGUAAUUUUCCUUGGAUCGUAAGACCCCCGGGUGAGGCCCCAUUAGGGAAGCGGGGGGAGGGUCUAAGUAUCCCACAUCCCCUUGAUUUUGUUUGGCUUAGAUAUCCCGUAUCCCGUUUAUUCCAAUAGACCAAUUUCGAUAUAUUAAAAU